AUGAAGCGUCUUUCAUUCCAGAUCUUACUCUGUGUAGCAUUUUCUUUCGUUUUUCCAGUAGUUCCAGAAACAGAGAAGAAAAAUGAAGAAGACAUGCAAUUUGCUGAGAAAUAUCUGGAAAAGUACUAUAAACUUAAAACAGAGGCAGAACCUAUCUUUAAAAUGAAGAACAGCAAACCCAUAACUGACAAAAUCCGAGAAAUGCAGGAAUUCUUUGGGCUGAAAGUGACUGGGGAACUGGAUUCCAAUACUCUGAAGGUGAUGAAGCAGCCCAGGUGUGGAAUACCUGAUGUCGGUCAGUUCAGCACCUUUCCACGGUCUCCUAGAUGGACAAAAACAGAUCUGAAAUAUAGGAUUUUGAACUAUACACCAGACAUGGAACCAGCUGAUGUAGAUGAAGCGAUUGAGAAGGCUUGGAACCUCUGGAGCAGCGUGACCCCACUGAAAUUCACCAGAGUUUAUGAAGGCAACGCAGAUAUAAUGAUCUCCUUUGUGGCUGGAUUUCAUGGUGACUUCUUUUCCUUUGAUGGACCGGGUGGAACUCUCGCUCAUGCCUUUCCACCGGGCGAAGGUUUUGGUGGAGAUGCCCACUUUGACGAGGAUGAAUACUGGACAAAAGAUUUGAAAGGAUUCAACUUGUUCCUUGUUGCUGCUCAUGAGUUUGGCCACUCAUUGGGUCUUGGUCAUUCAAAUGUCCUUGGCUCCUUGAUGUAUCCAGCCUAUCUGCAGACAGAGACCAGAAACUACAGGCUCCCUCAGGAUGAUGUUGAUGGCAUUCAAACCCUAUAUGGUAAGGAGGAAGCAUCACUUUCUUCCACACCACCCACAGAAACACCCACAGAAACAUCAACCACAGGCAUCUGUGACCCUCACAUGACUUUUGAUGCCAUCACCACCCUCCGUGGGGAAAUAAUAUUCUUUAAAGAUAGGUAA